AUGAACUAUUUCAUGAAAAGAAAAAAUGAGUCUGUCAAUAAAAGAGAGGCUUUUAUAGCAAACGGUAAACAUACGAAAAAUGAUGGAACUAUCUUAAAUGAAGACAUAUUCAAUAGCAUAAAAACAUUUGAGAAACGAAAUUCUCAUCAAAUAGAAAGAAAUAACCACCAAAUAAAUGAUAAUCAUAAAGACAAGGAGAUAGACACAAGCUCGAACUCUUUUCUAGAUAGUAGUUUUAACGAAGAAAUGGGUAUUGUGCCUCAUAAAAGUGCAAGAGCAAAUUCUAAACAGAAUUUAAAUAAGGAUUCUCGCUUUGAAGAAAAUAGCCAUCUUCAUCGCUCUAGCAGUAAUUAUGGCAUGGAAAGCUACAACGAAGAAAUACCAAAGGAGUAUAAUCAGAAGGAGCAUAGUCAUAAGGAAGUUACUUCAAAAAAUGAAAAUUUAACACAUACGAUAGAACAGUGUAACAUUAACAAGAAUAAUGAAUCCUGUGAUAAGGAUAUACAUAGCCAGGUUGAAGAGAGACACAGUAAAGAUCAAUCCAUGCAUAACAGUGGAAGGAAUCGAAUAUUUUCAAAAGGUGUAGAUAAGGAUAGACAAAAUUUUCCGAGUGAGCAAAUUCAAAAUGAUUUUAAAAGAUUUGUAGGUAGUCAAAAAUAUAAUAAACAUAAUUCAUCCUUUUUAAAUAAUCAAUGGAAGGAAAAAUAUUCAUCAAAAAGUGAUGAACGAAUAAAUGAAAUAGUAUCAAAAAAUAGCAAUUCUAUUUCGAAUGAAAAUUCUAACAAUAGUGCAAGCAAUAAUCAAAGAGAUAAUAAAAACAUAAAUCAGAAAGAAGAUGAACAUUUUUAUCAAAAGAAAAAAUCAAUCAACUUACAUUCUGGAUUAAAUACAAGUAAGAGUUUGUAUAUGAGUAAUGGAGAUAACAAAAUUCAACUUGAUAAUCUCAUUUUUGGUCGCAGAAAUCGAAUAUCACACUCAAAUGUAAAAGCAGAAAAAGACACAGAUGAUUCUUCUUCUGAAACCUAUUUGGAAAACACAAAGGAUUAUAAAAAUAGUAAAGAAUUUGCUUACGGAGAAGAAACAAACUUUAAUGGAAAUUCGUUAGACCAAAGAGAAAACCUAAAAAAUUAUGGUAAUACCAACGGUGGAUGUGCUGUCAACAUUAGUACUAAAGGUAGUGCUUAUUCUCAUACAGGAAGAAAUCUUAAGGAACCAACUAACGAAAAUGUAAAUUCACUUCACCUCUCGCAAAGGUAUGUAGCCAUAGGUGAAUCUGUUAAUAUUCAAACUUCAUCAAGUGUAAAUCAAGAAAAUAGUAAAAAUAUAAAUAGCGAAUUUUUGAAAACAAAUAUUUCUUCCACAAAAAAUAUGGACUCUUAUAAUAAAUUAAAAAGUAAUGUCAUAGGAACCAAGGAAAAAAUCAGUGAAAGUGAUUUGCAAACAAGUGCGGAUGUUGCUCUAGGGCAGUUAAUGAAAGCUAGCAGGAAAUUUAGAUAUUCCAAUAGAUCUUACACACAACCGAUGAAGGGACAUGCGGUAGUUAAAAACAGCUCUCUGUUGUUGAGCAGGCACUCAGUAGAGUCGAACGAGGAACUAGCCGAAUCGAACGGGGGAUUAGCCGAAUCGAACGGGGGAUUAGCCGAAUCGAACGAGGAACUAGCCGAAUCGAACGAGGAACUAGCCGAAUCGAACGAGGAACUAGCCGAAUCGAACGAGGAACUAGCCGAAUCGAACGAGGAACUAGCCGAAUCGAACAGUAUAUUAUCUAAAAAAAUUCUAAGUCACAAUAAAGCACAGAAUUCAAUGCAGCUAAAAUCGAGUCACAUAAUGUCAAGGAACAACUUACACAAAUCAGUAAGCUACCAUGAUAAGUCAUCCAAAAAUGCAACAAUACAUAAAAAUAGUGAAGUAGAAGAAGCAUAUUAUGAUAUGGAUCUCUCAAAUAACAUACCCAUGGAAAAUGGAAGAAGUUAUAUAAAUUUAAACAAUCUAAAGAAUGAGUCAAGAAGUUAUUCCAUAACAUCAAAUAGAAGACACACAACAAUGUCGAGGGAAAAUUUUGAGGAUUAUAAAAACAGCAUAAUUCUCUCUCAAAAUAGAACUAUAAUACUGCCUGAAAAUUUAAUAGAGUUAAAAUUUAAUCUAAAUGGAUCUGUAAGCGCCAUUACAGAAUCGACGAGCCAGAUGCAUAUGGAAAAUAGUUCAAACAAAUCACAGACAAGACAAGAAAAUUUAAUGAACAAAUCAGAAGAAUCAAUUAGCAGCAGUCGGAAUAUGAACCAUCAAAUGGAACACAGGAAAAGUUUUGCAAGGCAGAGCAGGAAUCCUCAAUCAGAAAAAUACCACCAAAGUGGACAUAACAGUUUAUUAGAAUCGAGAAGUGAUGAAGUCACUAACCAUUUAUUAGAAUCACAUUAUGAGCUACACAAAUAUAAUGAUAACAUGCUAGAUACUAAUGAUAGCUCUAUGAACCUAAAUAAAAGUCGAAACAAAACGAGCAAAUGUACGGGAAAAUCGUGUAAGAACUUCAUUAAAUCCGAAAAUUCCACGCACGAGUCACACUAUAGCUUAUCAAACUCUGAAAUGAAGAAUAUACAGUCUGAACGAAGUUCAAUAACUUCUACAAGUAGUCAGAUGCAAUUAAGAAAUAAUAUGUUGAAUUCAAAUAAUAAUCUUACUAACCAAAAAGAAGUUUAUAAAGAAUCGAAUAGCGUUUCUAUGGAAUCAUUCAGAGGUCAUAUGAAUUCAAAAAAUCAUCACAACGAGCUGAAGGGAAAUUUGAUAGAAACGAAUGAUACCUUGGUGAAUUCUAAAUUUACCGGAAGUGUGACAAAAUUAAGAGGUAGCAACUCAGGGCCAAGAAGCAGCAAUGUGGAUUCAAGAAACAGCCAAAAUGAUAACAGUAGGAAUCAUAACAAUAGCAGUAGUAGUAGGGAGGUAAAAAAUUACUCGAUCAAAUCAAAAGACUACAAUGGCCACUCGAAUAACAACAUGGUAGAACACAACUUGAAUUUCGCAAAAAGAUAUCAAGAGGAGUCGCAGCAUCAUUUUGUUGACGAAUUUCAAAAAAGUAAAAAAGACGGAAAUGAAUUGAAAUACCGAUAUGAUGAUAAGAGAAAGUACCAUUUGAACAGAAGUGAGUAUGUUCCCAAAUCAAGCAUUCAGUAUGAAUAUAAAAAAUUUAAUACUUGCGUAAAUAGUGAAGAGCAGAAGGCUGAUUUGUUACAAGAAUUUCAGAAAAAUAUUAAAACAAAAUGGGAAACGAAACCUUUACAAGCUGAAAAUGUGAAUGUAAGGAGGAAAUCACGAGAGAAUUUAGAAAAUUAUAAUGACCAUCUACCAAGUUACAUGAGUCAAACCUCUAUAAAUCGCAAUAUGAGACAAGAUCAAAAUCAAAAUAAAAAUUAUUUCUUAACAGAUAGUGGGAAUUCUAAUAUGUCUAAUAUACAUGAACAAGAAAUUGAAGCGGGAUUACGGGGGAAAAUGUACUACAAUGAAUUAGAACAUAGUUUUGAAGCCUUGCAAAAAGUUGAUAAUAAUGAUGAUUCCAAUAUGGAAUUUGACUUUAUUCAGGAAAAUAAAAAAUGUCAAUAUAUAUCCAAUGAUUUUUCAAAAUGCAUUAUAGAUUCACAGAUGUUAAUUAAUAGUUCUCACAAUUCUAUGCAACAUUCUGAUUUAAAUGCUUCUAGCCACUUUGAUUUAGGGGUGUCCAAUAAAUCAAAUAAAAUUUCUGACAUAGAGAAAUUUGCCAUAGAAAAUAAUUUUAAUUCCAAUUAUAUUAAACGGUUGUCUAUGAAUGAUAAUUUUGUUAACACUGACUUGCAAAUAUCGUAUAUAGAAAAUGAAAUUCAAAACAAAAUAAAGAAUUUUGACAAUAUAUUGGGCAAAAACUUUGAAACCAAAUGUAAUAAAGUGCUCAACAGAAUUGAGAAGUUGCUUUCCUCAAAAUUUUUCAGUGAGACAUAG